AAGUAUCUCAUGGAAUAGAGAUCAUCUCUCAAAAAGAAAAACCAUUUACGAUUCGAUGCCAUCACCCCAGAUUGUUUCCACAAAAGAUAAGACUGAAUCAUCUACAAAGCAAUCGACACAAAGCUUGGCAUCCUCAAGUAUAGUAAUCAAAUUCGUACAAGGAUUGUUGGAAGAAUUUCUCUCAUCGUAUAGUCAACUUCUGGAACCUAUAAAGUUUUCAUUCUCCUAA